AUGGCCCGGCUCCUGUUGGUUUUCUUCCCAGCGAUCUUUCUGGAGAUGUCUCUUCUCCCCAGGAGCCCCGGCAGGAAAGGGUUGCUGGCGGGAGCCUCAUCUCAGCGCUCCGUGGCAAGAAUGGACGGAGAUGUCAUUAUUGGGGCCCUGUUCUCGGUGCACCACCAGCCUCCGGCCGAGAAGGUGCCCGAGAGAAAGUGUGGGGAGAUCAGGGAGCAGUACGGCAUCCAGAGGGUGGAGGCCAUGUUCCACACGUUGGAUAAGAUCAACGCAGACCCGGUGCUCCUGCCCAAUAUCACACUGGGCAGCGAAAUCCGGGACUCCUGCUGGCACUCUUCCGUGGCUCUGGAACAGAGCAUCGAGUUCAUCAGGGACUCUUUAAUUUCCAUUCGAGAUGAGAAGGAUGUGCUCAACCGGUGCCUGCCUGACGGCCAGUACCUCCCCCCAGGCAGGACUAAGAAGCCCAUUGCGGGCGUGAUCGGCCCGGGCUCCAGCUCCGUAGCCAUUCAAGUGCAGAACUUGCUCCAGCUCUUCGACAUCCCCCAGAUCGCUUACUCUGCCACGAGCAUCGACCUGAGUGAUAAAACUUUGUACAAAUACUUCCUGAGGGUUGUCCCUUCUGACACUUUGCAGGCAAGGGCGAUGCUUGACAUAGUCAAGCGUUACAAUUGGACCUAUGUCUCUGCAGUCCACACGGAAGGGAAUUAUGGGGAGAGUGGAAUGGACGCUUUCAAAGAGUUGGCUGCCCAGGAAGGCCUCUGCAUUGCCCACUCAGACAAAAUCUACAGCAAUGCUGGGGAGAAGAGCUUUGACCGACUCUUGCGCAAGCUCCGAGAGCGGCUUCCCAAGGCCAGAGUGGUGGUCUGCUUCUGUGAAGGCAUGACUGUCCGAGGACUCCUGAGCGCCAUGCGGCGCCUUGGCGUCGUGGGCGAGUUCUCACUCAUUGGAAGUGAUGGAUGGGCAGACAGAGAUGAAGUCAUUGAAGGUUAUGAGGUGGAAGCCAACGGGGGAAUCACGAUAAAGCUGCAGUCUCCAGAGGUCAGGUCAUUUGAUGAUUAUUACCUGAAAUUGAGGCUGGACACUAAUACGAGGAAUCCCUGGUUCCCUGAGUUCUGGCAACAUCGGUUCCAGUGCCGCCUACCUGGACACCUUCUGGAAAAUCCCAACUUUAAAAGAAUCUGCACAGGCAAUGAAAGCUUAGAAGAAAACUAUGUCCAAGACAGUAAGAUGGGGUUUGUCAUCAAUGCCAUCUAUGCCAUGGCCCACGGGCUGCAGAAUAUGCACCAUGCCCUCUGCCCUGGCCACGUGGGCCUCUGUGAUGCCAUGAAGCCCAUUGAUGGCAGCAAGCUCCUGGACUUCCUUAUCAAGUCCUCAUUCAUCGGUGUGUCUGGAGAGGAAGUGUGGUUUGAUGAGAAAGGGGAUGCUCCUGGAAGGUAUGACAUCAUGAAUCUGCAAUACACUGAAGCUAAUCGCUAUGACUAUGUGCAUGUUGGAACCUGGCAUGAAGGGGUACUGAACAUUGAUGAUUACAAAAUCCAGAUGAACAAGAGUGGAAUGGUACGGUCUGUGUGCAGUGAGCCUUGCUUAAAGGGUCAGAUUAAGGUCAUACGCAAAGGAGAAGUGAGCUGCUGCUGGAUUUGCACGGCCUGCAAAGAAAAUGAAUAUGUGCAAGAUGAGUUCACCUGUAAAGCUUGUGACUUGGGGUGGUGGCCCAAUGCCGAUCUGACAGGCUGUGAACCCAUUCCCGUGCGCUACCUUGAAUGGAGCAACAUAGAGUCGAUCAUAGCCAUCGCCUUUUCUUGCCUGGGCAUCCUUGUUACCUUAUUUGUCACCCUCAUUUUUGUGCUGUACCGGGACACACCGGUGGUCAAAUCUUCCAGUCGGGAGCUCUGCUACAUCAUCCUAGCUGGCAUCUUCCUUGGUUAUGUGUGCCCUUUUACUCUUAUUGCCAAACCUACUACCACGUCCUGCUACCUCCAGCGCCUCCUGGUUGGCCUCUCCUCUGCCAUGUGCUACUCUGCUUUAGUGACCAAAACCAAUCGCAUUGCACGCAUCCUGGCUGGCAGCAAGAAGAAGAUCUGCACCCGGAAGCCCAGGUUCAUGAGUGCCUGGGCCCAGGUAAUUAUUGCCUCAAUUCUGAUUAGUGUGCAGCUGACCCUCGUGGUCACUCUGAUUAUCAUGGAGCCCCCCAUGCCCAUUCUGUCCUACCCAAGUAUCAAGGAAGUCUACCUUAUCUGCAACACCAGCAACCUGGGUGUGGUGGCCCCUGUAGGCUACAAUGGACUCCUCAUCAUGAGCUGUACCUACUAUGCUUUCAAGACCCGCAACGUGCCCGCCAACUUCAAUGAGGCCAAAUAUAUCGCCUUUACCAUGUAUACCACCUGCAUCAUCUGGCUAGCUUUUGUGCCCAUUUACUUUGGGAGCAACUACAAGAUCAUCACUACCUGCUUUGCAGUGAGCCUCAGUGUCACGGUGGCCCUGGGGUGCAUGUUCACUCCCAAGAUGUACAUCAUUAUUGCCAAGCCUGAGAGGAAUGUCCGCAGUGCCUUCACCACCUCCGAUGUGGUCCGCAUGCAUGUCGGCGAUGGCAAACUGCCCUGCCGCUCCAACACUUUCCUCAACAUUUUCCGAAGAAAGAAGCCAGGAGCAGGGAAUGCCAAUUCUAAUGGCAAGUCUGUGUCAUGGUCUGAACCAGGUGGAAGACAGGUGCCCAAGGGACAGCAUAUGUGGCACCGCCUCUCUGUGCACGUGAAGACCAAUGAGACGGCCUGCAACCAAACGGCCGUCAUCAAACCCCUCACUAAAAGUUACCAAGGCUCGGGCAAGAGCCUGACCUUUUCAGAUACCAGCACCAAGACCCUUUACAACGUGGAGGAGGAGGACGACGCCCAGCCGGUUCGCUUCAGCCCUCCCAGCAGCCCUCCCAUGGUGGUGCACAGGCGCGUGCCCACCGCGGUGACCACCCCGCCUCUGCCGCCCCAGCUGAGCGCAGAGGAGACCCCCCUCUUCCUGGCCGACCCCCCGGCCAUCCCCAAGGGCUUGCCCUCUCCCCUCCAGCAGCAGCAGCAGCUGCAGCAGCCGCAGCCGCCGCCACAGCAGAAAUCCCUGAUGGACCAGCUCCAGGGCGUGCUCGGCAACUUCAGCGCCGGGAUCCCCGAUUUCCACGCGGUGCUGGGGGGCCCUGGCGGCCCGGGGAACGGGCUGCGGUCCCUGUACCCGCCCCCGCCACCCCCGCAGCACCUGCAGAUGCUGCCGCUGCAACUGAGCACCUUCAGGGAGGAGCCUGUGUCCCCGCCCGAAGACGACGAGGACGACAGCGAGAGGUUUAAGCUCCUCCAGGAGUACGUGUAUGAGCGGGAAGGGAACACCGAGGAAGACGAACUGGAGGAGGAAGAGGAGGAGCUGCCGGCCGCCAGCAAGGAGGAGUCGCCUGCCCUGACGCCCCCGUCGCCUUUCCGAGACUCGGUGGCCUCGGGCAGCUCGGUGCCCAGCUCCCCCGUGUCCGAGUCGGUGCUGUGCACCCCUCCCAACGUCACCUACGCCUCUGUCAUUCUGAGGGACUACAAGCAAAGCUCUUCCACCCUGUAG